AUGUCAAUACCCGCCUACCACGAGUCUCUCCCCUACAUUGACGACGAGGCCUCCGCUUCUGCCCUCGCCGCUGCGCGCGCUCUCAUCUCCGCCGAACUCGCCGCCGCUGCCUCCCCAUCUCCCCCGCCCUCAAUCUCCUCCUCAUUCUCACCGCUCAUGACCACCGAGCUCGAGCGCGUCGCCUCAAAGACCCCGCUCGCACCCCUCGACCUCGCGCGCUACGAGGCCCCCGAGCCGCUCCCCGCCUCCUCCUCCGCCGCCGACCAGCGCCAGCCCCUCGAGCGCGCCCUCGUCUCGGCGUCGUACCUCGCCGCGCGCAACCAGAACCUAAAGCUCCUUGACCGCGCCGGCCGUAACGCCUGGCUUCUCGGCAAUUACCACGUCGAGGCGGAGCUGAGGAGCCUCGAGGCGGAGCUCGCGGCCACGCGACGCGAGAUGGACCUUGUCAACGCGGCGCGCGCGACGAGGCAGAAUGAUGUCAAGGCGGAAAUGCAGGGCCUUGAGGAGACGUGGCGUACGAGGGUCGGCAAGGUGCUCGAGACGGAGGUUGCCGUCGAGGAAUUAAGGCAGCAGAUCCGGGACGAGUUGAGGAAGCAGAACCGACCGCAGGAAUGA